AUGUCUGGUCAAACUCCCGCCUGGAAGAAAUUGGGCUUGAAGCUCAAGCAGCCUUCUGAUGCAUCUGAGCCCAGCUUUGGGCACCCAACCAGCAGUACAAGCACAAGCAUCCAGUCAAGUACAAAGAGAAAAUUCGACGCCCCGCCACCUUCCAAUUCCUCUCAGGUUGCUAAGCGACCACGUCAGGAUGAAGCCACAACAAGUUGGAAUGCACCAGGACAGUUAAAGAGGCAGAAGUCAGUCACCUUUGCCGAUGCACCAUCCAACAAUCACUUUGCCAGGACACCAUCAAGGCCCAUUAAACAGAGUAAGGCCAAGAGCAAAGGCCCCGCAAAGAAACCUCAACCCCAGGUCCCUACUGAUCUCAAGCCUGCGCUUGAAUACUUGAGGCUCUGGAAGACAGCUCGCGAUAGCUGGAAGUUCAACAAAAACCACCAAUCAAACCUCAUCAAGCACGUUUUCGAUGCCGAUGGAAUCCCCGCCUCUGACAUUGAAACCUUCUACGACUACAUCCAAGACUUGAAGGGCUUUGUGAGGAUGCGACUGCUGGAGAAUGCUCGCGAGGUUAGGGAUCAGGACCAAUCGGAUGGAGCAAAGGUGUUCCCUGAGGGAACCAAAGACCUUGAGGCUAAUCAACAACGAUAUGAGGAGGUCCUCGCUAAAAUCCUUGAAAAUCACCCAGUAGGAACUAAGAGAAAGGGCUUUACCGAGGUUGAUUACCUCUCGGACUCAGAAGAGGAGGAUUUCAUCAUUCGCCGACUUGUGAAGCGCAUGAGAGCCGAGCUCGUCAUUGAUGAACUUUCCGAUGGUGAAGACACCGAGGCCAGCAUCGCAUCGUCACAGACCAUCACUGCAAGCGAUAAUAACGUCACAUCGACUACAGAUGCAGAGAAGACUGUAAAGAUCGCCGACGGCGUUCCUGGAAAACGUCGACGAAAACUCCGUGUGAAUGUCGAAGACAGCGAUUCCAGCAGUUCCGAGUCAAACUCGGACUCUGGUUCAGAUAGCGACUCCGACACCAGCAGCAGCGGGAGCUCGUCGUCGUCCGAGGACGAGUCCGAGAAUGAGGCCCCGGCACGAGCUUAUCGACAACCCGGUGAGGAAGAUUCGAGCGAUUCCUCGUCUUCCUCGGAUAAGUCAAGCUCUGGCGACAGUUCGAGUGAGGAUGAUUCGGACUCUGAGUGA